UCCUCUCAUCGUUCAUGUGCCACUGUCAGCUUAGAACGUUCCUUGAAUGUGGAUGACGCUUUCCGUAGAUUUCUGGAACCUUCCAGGGACCCUAUUUGAAUUGCCGAUAUCGCCGCCCGGUGCUUCGAUGCUCGGGCCGGCUCGCGUCGCCGUCUCUGCACACUUGGCGUCAUGGAGCUUGGAUUCGAGGGCAGAUAAAAAUCACAAUGCUCCAUUGCCGUUUCUUUCCUUUUCUCCUUCAUCUUCAUCGCCUCAUAAACUACCAUCCCCCUACUUGCCAAACAUGCCAGAAGGAACUAUGAGAGCGUUGUGGUACAACAAGCCCCGGGACUUUGAUAUCAGACAAGUGCCGAUCCCAAAAUGCAACGAUGACGACGUGCUGCUCAAAGUUACCUGCUGUGGCGUCUGUGGCACCGACGCCCACAUUCAUGAUGGCGAAUUUAUCGCCCAGUUCCCUUUAAUUCCUGGCCAUGAAGCCAUUGGAAAGGUUGUCGAAAUCGGCAAAAACGUCAAGGAUUUCCAGAUCGGUGACCGGGUUGUCGCUGACGUCGGCAUUUCCUGCGAGAAUUGUUUCUACUGCAGGCGUGGGCAGGCUGUUCUCUGUGAGAACUUCCACGCUCGAGGCGUCACGCAGGAUGGCGGAUUUGCGGAGUACAUCGUAUACCACCAGAAGAAAUGCUACAAGAUCCAGAAUCUUACCGACGAGGAAUCAACACUCCUCGAACCCGCGGCCUGCGCCAUUCAUGGUCUCGACAAGUUGAACCCCCCUGUCGGAAUCGACGUUCUUCUUCUCGGUGCAGGACCCACAGGUCUCAUCUUGGCCCAAUUGCUCAAGCUGAACGGUGCACACAAAGUCACCAUUGCUGCCAACAAGGGUAUCAAGAUGGAUAUCGCGAAGCAACUUGAUGCUGGUGACGAGUACAUUGAACUCGACAGACAGAGCCCCGAGCCUCAAUGGGAGCAGCUGAAGAAAGACAACCCAUAUGGUUUUGAUGUCGUCGUCGAAGCUACCGGCGUCGAGAAACUGGCUCAAGACAGUAUUAACUACGUCCGUCGGGGUGGAACUAUCAUGAUUUAUGGUGUAUACGAGAACAAGGCUCUCGUCCACUGGCCGCCAUCCAAGAUCUUCCAGGAUGAGAUCAAAAUUAUCGGCUCGUUCUCGCAAGCAUACUGCUUCCCUCGAGCAGUUGCUUACCUUGAUAGCGGUAAGAUCAGAGUCAAGGGAAUGGUCACCGACGUGUUCAAGCUCGAGGAUUACCAAAAGGCUUUGGACAAGAUGAGCAGCCGAGGAGCUCUCAAGAUUGCCAUCAGGCCAUGAAGUGUAUUUCCAGGAGACUGAACUAUGUGCGUAAUAGGAAGUAGGAAGCGUGAAGAAGUCCUGUAUACCAUCGUUCUUUGGACCUCUGUAAUUGUAUUCUAUUGUAUUAUUGUCGCCGUCUUAUGCAACAAGCAUAUAUAGACACCGAAAAUAAAAAGAAGCGAAAACAUAUAAUUUC